CAGUGCACAAAAAUAGAUAGUCGACAAUUUCCAAAACGAGCAAUGAAUUAUUACAAUGCCAAGCGCGUAAUUAGACAAAAUUCUAUUGCGACCAGUGAUCUGGCCUUAUCGCCAGUGAUGACGCCGCCCACUCCCACCACUCCACAGCUGCAGGUGCACCGUCAGGUUCUAAUGCCGGCCCAACAAAUUGUUGGAGUCGGAGCAGUAGCCGCAGCCCCUAUUCAGACUGCUAGUGUACCCAUCGUGCAAAUUCCCGACGAUGCACCAGUAUCACUGCUCACCGAAAUUGCCGACAUCAUGCGCAGCUUUGGGGAUAGCGAUCAGCCGCGGGCGACGAGCGUCAAACUGGUGGAGCAGAUACUGCAGCAACAGCUAAGGGGAAUCUUCAAUGAGGCCUCGUUGGUGGCCAUGCGACGCAAACAGAACCCGUGCCCCUCUCAGGCAGACUUUGAAUUUCUGAUGCGAAUGCAUCCUGUGAAGAUUGCACGAAUGCGAAAGCAUCUAAAGGACAUGCGCAUACUGAAGCGAUUCCUUAGCAUACGAACAGGACGUCCGCAGGACUUUACGGACGAUCUCGAUCAGCAGGAGGAGGACGAGGAGCUGGCGAUUGAGGUGCAUGAACUACACGAUGAGGAUCGCAUGCGAAGAAUGUUUCGAGCCGAUCGCAUAUCCCAAAUAUUGACGGGCCAGCAAUAUCUAGAAUUCAAUGAGGCGCGUAAGACAUCCUUCUAUUGCCGCCAUGGCGAAAAGAUCAAGAAUAAAUUUCGACGUUUUCUGGAUUUGCCAGCGGAUCUGCGCAUACCUACACCUACAAUGAACAUAUUGGCCUAUUUGGCACAUGAAACGAUCGCCGCGAUUGUAGACUAUUCUAUACUGACGCGUUUGAACUCAGAUAAUCGUGCCACUGAGCCUUAUAGUCGCGUAACCUCAGCCGGCGGAAGUCCGGCCAUGAUGCAUGUGUGUCCGGAAGUGACCCAAGGACGUGGCAUGGAGGUAGUCAAGCCUAUAAGUGUACAAGAAAUACACGAAGCCAUGCGCAGAUUUCGGCAGAUGAGCAAUCGCAGGAUCGGUCACUAUCGGAAUUCUUGUGACAUUGAUUUCAGGCGCAGUUUCUUGGCCAUCUAAUCUUUUGAUAUAGUAUGUAGUAAUUAUAGAUUCGAAUUGUAUUUUGCAUAAUUUGAUUGCUAUAAUUAAGAUAAAUAUAUAUUAUGUGUGUCAGUAUUGAUAAGUUAUCAGCUAAA